ACGAAACUGUACUUUAUGAUUCACAUCUCAGUGGAAGGACGUGGAAAUGGCACCCUGAUCUCACCCUCACCGAAAGUGGAGUUGAUGCUCUUCCCUGGCUCGCUACAGACGCACUUCCGCAAGUGUUACAGCUCUUUUUGAAUUUGUCUAGCAGGUUUUCUGACUUCGGUCGGAAAACCCCUCCCAAUCUCUCUGGUCUAUAAUAACAGUAAGCAUCUGCUGCCCCCGCCAUCUGUGGGAUGAGCGCCUUAAAUCCCGCUCUAGUAUCCUAGGAAACGCGUGUGUGCUAGAGCCACGCUCUCAGACUUCCGCCUCGUGCGACACCGCUUCCUUUCUGCCUCCACUGGCCUUACAGCCGCGGGAGAGGCGGCUGGCAGCAGGCCUCUCCGGAUCGCUUCUGUAUUCCCACUACUCAAGUACUGAGUGGUGUCCUAUGGCGUCCGCCUCGGCUCAGCCCGCGGCCCUGAGCGCAGAGCAGGCCAAGGUGGUCUUGGCGGAGGUGAUCCAAGCGUUCUCGGCCCCAGAGAAUGCCGUGCGCAUGGACGAAGCUAGAGACAAUGCGUGCAACGAUAUGGGCAAGAUGCUGCAAUUCGUGCUGCCCGUAGCCACACAGAUCCAACAGGAGGUUAUUAAAGCCUAUGGCUUCAGCUGCGACGGGGAAGGUGUCCUUAAGUUUGCCCGCCUGGUCAAGUCUUACGAAGCCCAGGAUCCCGAGAUUGCCAGCCUGUCGAGCAAGCUAAAGGCCCUAUUCCUGCCACCCAUGACACUGCCGCCCCAUGGGCCUGCUUCCGGAAGCAGCGUGGCUGCCUCCUGAGAUUUUUCUGUGUGCCACUGCUAUGGAGGAGGCCCCUGUGUUCCAGGAUAAUAAAUGUACUUGUGACUAAA